AUGACACAACCGCUGUCCCAUGGGCACUUAGUUUGAAAAAAGGAAAUGCUCUUGACCAUAAAAACAAUAGGAUCUCUAUCAAAGAGGCUGGUUACUUUCUUGUCUACAGUCAAGUUUGGUAUAAGGAUAGCACGUUUACAAUGGGACAUUUUAUCGAGAGAAAAAAGGCCAACAUAGUUGGGAAUGAGCCACGCACUGUAAUUUUAUUCCGGUGCAUCCAAAACAUGUCUGCAUGCUGUCCAAAUAAUUCUUGCUUCACUGCUGGCAUUGCAAAACUUGAAGUGGGAGAUGAACUUGAUCUUGUAAUACCACGAAUCCAAGCACAAAUUGCAUUAAAUGGAGACGGAACAUUCUUCGGAGCGAUAAAACUGGUUUAAGCUGUUGGCUGAAAUCUGAAAGAGAUAUAAUUCUUGCUAUUUAAAGAAGAGGAAGAAGAAAAAGUCCAGUCAGUAUUAACUUCCUUCUUGAUAUUCUGUGGUUGACAAAUGUUUUUACAAAAUAAGUUGCUGUUUUCAAACAAAUGUACAGAUUUCUCUGGGCAGUCAUGAAAUUCGUAAGAGCUGCAAACAGAAUAAAACUGUGGUUUGAUAAUCUUACUUAAGCA